AUGGGCAUUACUUUGGACGUUACACACAUUGGCACUGCAACUGCCGUUCUGGAGGUCAACGGCAUCAACUUUUUGACCGAUCCGUUCUUCUCCCCGGCUGGAACCUUUUGGGACAGGGGUCGGGUAGUCCUCAAGGUGACAGAAAACCCUGCUCUCCGUCUUGACCAGCUUCCGGUGAUUGAUGCUGUACUCCUGAGCCACGAAGACCACCCCGACAACCUAGACGAGCUCGGCCGCCAGCUUCUAGACGGACGUCACGUAUUCACUACCGUCGAUGGAGGUAAUAACCUUCGACCCCGUCCCGCUGUGUAUGGCAUGAAGCCAUGGGAGGAAAUCACUUGCAUCAUUGCUGGCAAAAAAUUCACCAUUACCGCGACCCCGACCCAGCAUGUCCCUGGAAACGAAUGUACCGGCUUUAUCCUUACCAAUGACGAAUUUGGCUUUGGCCGUGAUGGCCUACCUAACGCAAUUUAUUUCACUGGCGAUACCGUCUACAUUGACGAACUAAAUGCCAUUGCAGACCGCUAUCACGUCCGUGCCGCCGUGAUGAAUCUAGGCAACGCCCAUGUUCCUUCGAGUGAUGAACCUGGGAGUACCCCCAUGCAGAUCACCAUGGGUGGUAAGGAUGGGGCCAAGUUAUUCCGUGCGCUGAAGGCCGACGUCCUUGUUCCCAUGCACUACGAAUCUUGGGGGCAUUUCACCGAGUUUGGAGUCGAAUUGCGUCAGGCCUUUGAGGAGGAGGGAAUCAGUGAUAAGAUUUGCUGGCUGAAGGCAGGAGAAAAGGUGCAUGUCCUUUGA